CGGCCCGCCGCGACGACGCACGCCUGUGCUUUCUCGAGUUCCAAGUUAUACCGAGUGCUGUGCAGCAAUAACUGUUUAGUGAUUAAGUGUUGAGAGAACCUGAUAUUUUGAGGAUAAACAAGGGACAAAAUGUGAAGCGGAAUGGAAGAGGUGGGGUGCGACAACUGCAGUCUGUUUUUGGACGAAAAUGCUAGCUUCUAUGAAAAUAUCACGAACAAUGUUACCAUCAACAAAUUUUAUUUCUACCAGACAGCACAAUUGGCGGUACUAUGGGUUCUGCUGGUGGCCAUUGUCGCCGGCAAUGCCACAGUUAUCCUGGCACUACUCCUCACAAAGUCCAGGAAAAGUCGGAUGAACUUCUUUAUCAUGCAUUUAGCUAUAGCUGAUUUAUGGGUAGGGCUGAUAAGCGUCUUGCCGGACCUAAUACAGCGGGUUACGAUCUCGUGGUUCGCCGGUUCAAUAGCGUGUAAGCUGAUGAAAUAUUUACAGGGUGUAGUUACGUAUUCAUCAACGUAUGUGUUGGUCGCGCUGAGCGUGGACCGGUGUGAUGCCAUCACGCAUCCAAUGAAUUUUACGGGAAGCUGGCGUCGCGCUAGAGCUUUGAUAUUCGGCGCGUGGGUCGUCAGUUUCAUAUUUUGUAUACCAAUGCUUAUUUUAUUUGAUGAAGCAGACAUACAAGGUACUCCCCAAUGCUGGUCAGGUAUAAACCAAACGCAGUGGCGCAUAUGGAUGACCAGCGUGUUUCUCUCCCUGUUCGUGGCGCCCGCACUCAUCAUAUCCGCAUGCUACGGUGUUAUUGUGGUCACCAUUCGGCAGAAAAGCCGAAGGGUUCUCGGCAAGCGGACCACGGCUACGCGACAAUAUAGUGAUGAUCUGGACAGUCGGCGCGCCAGCAGCCGCGGCAUCAUUCCCAAAGCAAAGAUCAAAACCGUCAAAAUGACGUUUGUUAUCGUAUUCGUGUUCGUUCUGUGCUGGUCACCAUACAUGAUAUUCGACUUGCUUCAAGUAUACGGCUACGUACCUGACACGCAAGUGAACAUUGCUAUCGCCUCUCUGAUACAGAGUCUGGCGCCUCUCAAUUCAGCAGCCAACCCUGUUAUAUAUUUCAUCUUCUCUAAUAGGAUAUUUAUUAGUCUGAGAAACAUCCCGCCUUAUAAGUGGCUGUGCUGGCUGAAAGCGGACAGCCCGGGCGGCGCCGAGUCGCGCGCGCACACCGAGCUGCUCACCUCCUCGCACCGGCGGACGAGGCACGAACUUACUAUACGGGUAAAAGAUGACAGCAUUAAGUGUCCCAAGCAGCGUCUACAUCAGUGCAACAGCUCCCGUAAAGUUCGACUUCACUUGCCGGAACAAACGCAAAUAAAUAAUAACUGCCAACCGCGAAGGCGAGAUGACACCUUCUUGUAGAUACGCCCUGUGUUUAAUUAAUAAUCCCGUAUGUCUAUAAAUAUCUAUAAUUUGAAAUGGAUCGAUUUACACACAAUCACUUAAAAUGUGACAUGAUUUAUGACAGUUCUUCUUUUGAAAGUAUUGUUUUUGGCAAAAGAUCUUUUUUAAUUCAUUUUUAACCGACUUCCCCAAACUAAAUGGAUGACGUUCUAUGUUCGUAUAUAUGCAUUUUUAAUUAUUAUUUUAUUCCUUGUGACCAAAACUAUGGUCUUGAUUUUUUUAUAUUUAUUUAACCAAGUAAAAUAAAUAAUAG